UUCAGAUUGCAGCAAGCGUGCGUGCAGAAUCACAAUGUCAUACGAUGUCAGAUCGUGGCUGUACACCCCACAUGACGCUCAUACUACCACCACACCAUAUCCAGCAGCAGCACAUGCCUUCUUGCUAACCUCUCCACUCGACACUUGCGAUUGAGAUUUGCCUGCGCACCAUCACUGCUGCCGCGACCACAACGCGCCUCCAAGAUGGAUGAACAGACCAAACAGAGUCUGCUUGCCAACGGUUUCGUCGCGCUGCUGGUCACCGGAGGUUUCUUGAGCUCUCAGCUCUUGCUUCCCAAACGAGCUUCCCGAAAGACGCGCUUCAUCUUUACCUGGCUCGCUUUUGAUGCGCUGUGUCACUCCAUCAUCGAAGGCAGCUUCUUGUACUACUCCACCUUUGGCAGGAGUAUCAACACCAGUCAAGGCUUCCUCGCUUAUUUAUGGAAAGACUACGCUCGCGCAGACAAGCGAUGGGGCUGGUCCGACCCCACCGUCGUCAGUCUGGAGAUUUUGACGGUUCUCGGAGCAGGACCUCUGGCAGCGUACUGCUGUUAUCUUCUCUUGAACGACGUGGCCGCUUAUCACUACUGGGCCGUAGUGCUCAGCACUGCAGAGCUGUAUGGAGGCUUCAUGACCUUCUGUCCUGAAUGGCUCACUCAGAACAAGAACCUGGAUGCCAGUGACUGGAUGCUGUUCUAUGUGUACCUCUGCUUCAUGAAUCUGGCCUGGGUAUUCAUUCCCUUCUACCUGUUGCUCGACUCUUACGGUUCUAUUACCGCUGGACUGCGUACCGUCGCAGGUGCCACCGCUGCAGUCACCAAGACUCAGAAGAGCAAGUGAUCCGGAGCGCAAGUCAAGUCGUGCCACGGGGCUCCUCGAGCAGAGGUGCGCACAUCAUGCUCCACGGCAUAUAACGGGUCAAUUAAGUGGCUGCUGCAUUCCGCGCGUCGCAAAUCCUGCAGCGAUUACAAGAUGUCAUGAGAUUGCCCAGCUUGUGAAAGACGCUGCGAGGUUAGCCGGCCCCUCUUUCACAGGUCCAUGCCCGAUCAGCCCUUACUGGGCCUGACCUUGGCAAAUUUGAACUUUGAUGCAAGUCUUUCCAUCCUCUCCCUUGCCAGCAGCUGUAGCUGCAAAAGCCUGAAUAGCAUCGUCGAAAGUGUACCUGUGCGUGACGAUCCUCUUCACGUCUACCAGACCUUGAGAUACGAGAUCGAUGGCUGUUC